AUGUCUGAACGCUACACCUCUUUGGCUCCAGCAUAUGCUGUGUAUUACGAGAACUAUUACCCAUAUGAAGAAAUUGUUGAGUGGCUCACGUACCAUGGAAGCGUCCUCACUCAAAGGCGUGAAUGGUCUUAUGAAAUAAUCACAGCCACCGAUGAGACCUUUGUCACCAGAUUUCGCGAGAUCUCAGAUGCAGAACAGCUCAGAUCUAUACUUCGCUUUUCCUCGAAGACAUUAGAGGACUUUAAGCUCAAGCUUGACAUCGGACCCGUUUAUACGAGUGAUAUGAGUCAACGCAAAACGCAACCGGAGUUUGCACCAUGUGAGCGAGAGCUUGUGUUCGAUAUUGACGCAGGUGACUAUGAUAGAAUUCGUACCUGUUGUGCCGGACCAGCCAUGUGUGACAAGUGCUGGCGCUUCAUGGAACUGGCAGUCCCUCUCCUUAUCCUCUUUUGUCGUGUUCACGGUUUCAACGACUACUUCUUUGUCUUUUCUGGACGGCGGGGAUUGCAUUGCUGGAUAUGCGAUGCUCGUGCACGGAAGCUUUCUAAGGACUCUCGCAAAAGCAUGGUCGACGCAUUCAAUAUCAUUAGCAUAGAUACAGGAAGUGUUCUUCGGGAGUCAUACGAUCACUCCAAUUGGCUUUGUCGCUUAAUUCACGAUCACAUUUGUAUACGUUUCUUUUCCCAAAUGCUUGAAGAACAGAAUUGGCUUGGUGGAGGUGUUGAAGAGCACUUAGCUAAGUACUCUAAGGAAAGCCUUCUGACAGAGCUACGACGGGCUGAUUCUGCGCUGUUUUCGUCAGCGCCGAUCUUUUUCUUUCUUCAUAUUACCUUAUGCAUUUACUCUUGCUUAGUUGCAGGAGGGUAUCCUGUUACAACUGGUUCUGCCAAAAAUUCAGACGGGCGAUUUGCAUCUCUUCUUACUACAUUCAUCGGAAAACUGACUAUGAUAACAUCAUCUGCCGCUCGCUGGACUGAGCUUGAGCUACUAAUUAAGGAUUAUGAUCCAAUUCUUGCUGCCAUCAGGGUGUACUACACAUAUCCCCGAUUUGAUGUAGAGGUCACUCGCGGGAUGAACCAUCUUCUAAAGAUUCCAUUCUCGGUUCACUCCAAGUCUCGUAAAAUAUCAGUCCCCUUUCCACCCGCACCAAUCCUCAAAACCUAUUCCAUUGAUACAGGAGUUCUUCAACUGGGACCCUUAGACACCGAUGACUCCUUGCCAAGGUUUCUGCCAUCUGAUGCACCCACUGUGGACGAUCUUUUGAGCGGACACACAGAGCACUACUUCAAGUACCGCACAUAUUUCUCCCGAAUUGUUCAUCAGGUGACAGCGCCAUAUGAUGGAACUUAA